AUGCUCAACUACAAAGCACUCAAUGGACUGGGGCUCACAUACAUGUCUGACCUCCUGCCCCCCCAAUUUCCUGCACCCCUACACUCCUGCACCCCUACUAUCCUGCACCCCUACACCCCUAAUCUCCUGCACCCCUACACUCUCGCCCCCCCAAUUUCCUGCACCCCUACUCUCCUGCACCCUUACACUCCUGCACCUCUACCUUCCUACACUCCUGCACCCCUACUCUCCUGCACCCUUACACUCCUGCACCCUUACACUCCUGCACCCCUACUCUCCUGCACCCUUACGCUCCUGCAACCCUUCCUUCCUACUCUCCAGCACCCCUACUCUCCUGCACCCUUACACUCCUGCACCCCUACCUUCCUGCACCCAUGCUCUCCUGCACCCCUACUCUCCAGCACCCCUACUCUCCUGCACCCUUACACUCCUGCACCCCUACCUUCCUGCACCCCUACUCUCCUGCACCCCUACUCUCCUGCAUCCUUACACUCCUGCACCCCUACCUUCCUACACCCCUACUCUCCUGCACCCCUACUCUCCUUUAACCCUUACACUCCUGCACCCCUACCUUCCUGCACCCCUACUCUCCUGCACCCCUACUCUCCUGCACCCCUACUCUCCUGCACCCUUACCUUCCUGCACCCUUACACUCCUGCACCCCUACCCUCCUGCACCCCUACCUUCCUGCACCCCUACUCUCCUGCACCCCUACCUUCCUGCACCCCUACUCUCCUGCACCCCUACCUUCCUGCACCCCUACUCUCCUGCACCCCUACUCUCCUGCACCCCUACCUUCCUGCACCCCUACCUUCCUGCACCCCUACUCUCCUGCACCCCUACUCUCCUGCACCCCUACUCUCCUGCACCCCUACCUUCCUGCACCCCUACUCUCCUGCACCCCUACUCUCCUGCACCCCUACUCUCCUGCACCCUUACACUCCUGCACCCCUACCCUCCUGCACCCCUACUCUCCUGCACCCCUACCUUCCUGCACCCCUACUCUCCUGCACCCCUACUCUCCUGCACCCCUACCCUCCUGCACCCCUACCUUCCUGCACCCCUACUCUCCUGCACCCCUACCUUCCUGCACCCCUACUCUCCUGCACCCCUACUCUCCUGCACCCCUACUCUCCUGCACCCUUACACUCCUAA